GCGGAGUUGCCCCCCUGCCCGCUCGCGCCUGUUGGCGGAGUUGCCCCCCCCCCAUCUCUGUUACAGUUAGCUGUGUAUUCUAGAAAGUCAGCCAGCCCUGAGCUAUAGAGACAGUAGCAUUGCCCCCCUCAAUGAUAGUGUCCCCGGAUCUGUAUCUCUAGGGCCACACUUCUGCCUGCAAGUGAGCAGCAUUGUUUAUACUCAGCCGUGCAGGUCCUUUCUGUGCUGUCUAUCAGCGCUGGUGCCUUGGCCUGUUGUAGUGGGUUAGCAGUUACUGUAGAGCGGUCUAUGGUAGGUGUCAGCAGUGUUGAUCUUCCCCCCCAUAUCAGCUGGAGAGCGGAGCUGCAGGCUUGGUUCCAGCUAAAGAGUGUGGCCUAAGGAGCCCAGUGGCCUGGAGUCUGCCAGAGGAUCAGCAGGCCCCAUCUGAAGAAGAAAAGGAGUGAGCAACGGUCCCAUCCUGUGGAAUAGAAAGCAUUGUUUGAACCCUGUUGCAGCAUUACAGCUCUGGUCUAUGGUAGCCGGGUGGCCUGAGCACCUCUGCUCCGGGCUAGAGCCUUGACUGUGUCCCAUGAGGACGGCACCAUGCAGCAGUCCCCGCAAAACUAUGACUUCUUCAGCGAGGAGAACAACGUUAAGUGGCGAGGACUCUUCUUCCCAGCCUUGAAGAAGGUCCUGCAACAAGUCCACCCCACACUGUCCGCUAAAGAGGACUCCUUGUACUACAUUGAAGAACUCAUCCUGCAGCUCCUUAAUAAGCUUUGUAUUGCCCAGCCAAGGACAGUUCAGGAUGUGGAGGAAAGAGUCCAAAAGACUUUUCCCCACCCGAUCGAUAAAUGGGCCAUAGCAGAUGCUCAAUCUGCCAUCGAAAAACGCAAGCGAAGGAACCCCCUGCUUCUGCCUGUUGAUAAAAUUCAUCCAUUGUUAAAGGAGGUGCUUGGAUACAAAGUGGAUUAUAACGUAUGUCUGUACAUUGUGGCCGUGUUGGAAUACAUUUCAGCUGAUAUUCUGAAGCUAGCUGGAAAUUAUGUCUUUAACAUCCGUCAUUAUGAGAUCUCUCAGCAGGACAUCAAAGUGUCCAUGUGCGCUGAUAAGGUCUUGAUGGAUAUGUUUGACCAAGACGAUGACAUUGGCGUUGUUGCAUUAUGUGACGAGGAGCCUUCCUCCACAGGAGAGCUGAACUACUACGAGUUGGUGCGGAAUGAAAUCGCUGGGGAGAGGCAGUAUUUGCGAGAGCUGAACCUCAUCAUCAAAGUCUUUCGGGAAGCUUUUCUGGAAAACAAAAAGUUGUUUACAUCCAAUGAAAUUGAGAUCAUCUUCAGUAAUAUCCUGGACAUCCAUGAACUUACAGUGAAGCUUCUGGGUUUGAUUGAGGAUACUGUGGAGAUGACCGAUGAGAGCAGCCCACAUCCUCUUGUUGGAAGCUGUUUUGAAGACUUGGCUGAGGAACAAGCCUUCGACCCGUAUGAAACCUUGUCCCAGGACAUCCUUACCACCCAUUUCCAGGAGCAUUUCAAUAACCUCAUGGCUAAACCUAAUGUUCCUCUGUAUUUUCAGUCAAUAUCUGACGGCUUUAAAGAAGCAGUGAGAUACAUCCUCCCUCGGCUCAUGCUGGUUCCUGUUUACCACUGUUUGCACUAUUUUGAAUUAUUGGAGCUGUUACAAGAACGCAGCGAGGACCAGGAGGACAGAGAAUGUUUAAAACAAGCCAUCACCGCUUUGCUUAAUCUCCGAUGUAGCAUGGAGCGCAUCUACAACAAGCACUCCCCACGACGACGCCCAGGAGAACACACUUGGCGUCUUUACAACCGUCAAAUGCGCAGCAAGCACUUGGCUAUCAAGAAGAUGAACGAGAUCCAGAAAAACAUUGAUGGCUGGGAAGGGAAAGAUAUUGGGCAGUGCUGUAACGAGUUCAUCAUGGAGGGUUCGUUGACGAGAGUUGGGGCCAAACACGAGAGACACAUUUUCCUGUUUGAUGGACUGAUGAUCAGUUGCAAGAUGAAUCAUGGCCAAUCUCGCAUCCCCGGUUACAACACAGCUGAGUACCGCCUGAAGGAAAAGUUCAUUAUGAGGAAGGUGCAAGUCGUAGAUCGGGAAGAUACGGGCGAGUAUAAACACGCCUUCGAGUUACUGUCCAAAGAUGAGAACUGCAUUAUCUUUGCCGCCAAAGCCGCAGAGGAAAAAAACAACUGGAUGGCGGCUCUGAUUACGUUGCAGUACCGCAGCACAUUGGACCGGAUGUUAGACUCUGUGCUACUCCAGGAAGAGAAUGAACAGCCGCUGCGUUUGCCAAGUCCAGACGUCUACCGCUUUGUGGAGGAGGAUUCAGAAGAGAACAUUGUAUUUGAGGACAAUGUGCAAAGUAGAGGCGGAAUCCCCAUCAUAAAGGGAGGGACUGUGGUGAAACUCAUCGAAAGGCUGACAUAUCACAUGUAUGCAGAUCCUAACUUUGUUCGCACUUUUCUGACAACAUAUCGCUCUUUUUGUAAGCCACAGGAGUUACUAAGUCUUCUCAUUGAAAGGUUUGAAAUCCCAGAUCCUGAACCCACAGAAGCAGACAGACUGGCAAUAGAGAAAGGAGAACAGCCAAUUAGCACCAACCUUAAGAGAUUUAGAAAAGAAUAUGUUCAGCCAGUGCAACUCAGGGUUUUAAAUGUAUUUCGGCAUUGGGUUGAACAUCAUUUCUAUGAUUUUGAAAGAGACGAAGAACUUCUAGAUCGAUUAGAAAUCUUUAUCUCCAGCGUUAAAGGUAAAUCCAUGAAGAAAUGGGUUGAGUCCAUUGCCAAGAUAAUCAGGAGGAAGAAGCAAGUACAGGCUAAUGGUGUCAGUCACAACAUCACAUUCGAGAGCCCCCCGCCUCCUAUUGAGUGGCACAUUAGCCGAGCCGGUCAGUUUGAGACAUUUGACUUGAUGACUCUGCACCCCAUAGAGAUCGCUCGCCAAUUGACCCUGAUCGAGUCUGACCUCUACAGGGCUGUGCAGCCGUCAGAACUUGUAGGAAGCGUUUGGACAAAAGAAGACAAGGAAAUAAAUUCCCCUAACUUGCUUAAGAUGAUUCGCCAUACUACGAACCUGACGCUUUGGUUUGAAAAGUGUCUCGUGGAAACGGAACAUUUUGAGGAACGAGUGGCUGUCUUCAGUCGAAUUAUUGAAAUCCUACAGGUGUUCCAAGACUUAAACAAUUUUAAUGGUGUUCUAGAGAUAGUGAGUGCAGUGAACUCUGUUCCCGUGUAUCGGCUGGAUCACACCUUUGAGGCAUUACAGGAAAGGAAGAGGAAAAUCUUGGAUGAAGCUGUGGAACUUAGUCAGGAUCACUUCAAAAAAUAUCUGGCAAAACUCAAGUCCAUCAACCCACCUUGUGUGCCUUUCUUUGGAAUAUAUUUAACCAAUAUACUGAAGACUGAAGAAGGUAACCCGGACUUCCUGAAGAGACAUGGCAAGGAGCUCAUCAAUUUCAGUAAGAGGCGGAAAGUGGCAGAAAUCACGGGAGAGAUUCAACAGUACCAGAACCAGCCUUACUGUUUACGGAUAGAAGCCGAUAUCCGGAGAUUCUUCGAGAAUUUGAACCCAAUGGGGAACACACCCGAGAAAGAUUUUACAGAUUAUUUAUUCAAUAAAUCUCUGGAGAUUGAACCCAGAGGCUGCAAACAGGCACCUAGAUUUCCACGGAAAACCACAUAUCCACUCAAGUCACCAGGAAUCCGACCGAUCAGCGGGAGACACUUGUCAUCCUCUGGCACGCUGCGCGGACACCCUAUGCCUCUGGAGCGCGAACCUUACAAGAUCAGCUUCAGCAGAAUUACUGAAUCCGAGCAUGAGUCAACAACCUCUCCACCCAUUUCCCCCAAUACCCCCUCUACUCCUCCUGUGUCUGGAAACUCUGAAGUCAGCGUCUUCUUAGACUUGGAUCUCAGCAGCUCCUUUGGCAGCAACAGCAUAUUUGCCCCAGUUCUUCUGCCGAAUUCCAAGUCCUUCUUCAGUUCUUGCAAUAGCCUGCACAGGUUAGUUGAUGAUCAUCUGCUUCCUCCUCCAUUACCUCCACGGAAGAAGUUUGAUCCGGACUCCAUUAGCUUGGCAAGCUACAGAGGAGAUGAGGACCCACCUGCCAUUCCACCAAGAUUGCCUCCACCUCCAAAGAUUCAGCCAAGAAUUCCUGCUUAUACCGGGGCCUUUGAUGGACCUUUACACAGCCCACCUCCUCCUCCGCCAAGAGAUCCUCUUCCCGACACCCCGCCGCCAGUCCCACUUCGUCCUCCAGAACACUUUAUAAACUGCCCCCUGAACCUCCAGCCUCCACCCCUGGGACGCCUCCACAGAGAGCAGGAUUGGUUCAGAGACUCCAGCACCGUCCCAAACUCUCCCAACACCCCUCCAAGCACUCCAUCCCCGAGAGCACUACGUCGCUGCUGCGGGCUUAGCACCAGUCACAGCAACCUCUUACAGACAGUAGCCCCCCCGGUCCCGCCGCGGCAGAACUCCAGUCCUCAGUUACCUAAACUGCCACCAAAGACUUACAAAAGGGACUUCACCCACCCUCCUUUGCACAGACUAACCUUGUUGGAAAAUACAGAAACCCCGCAAUGACUACAGCCAUGACAGUCCUCGACACUGGAUAGGGAUCAGAAAUGAACUUUUGACAAGCUAUUCUUUAUUUCUUUUUGGUAAUUUAUUUUGAUAUGGCACUGUAUUUCCCCUUGUUUAACCAAGGCACGGCUAAAAGUGCUGCCCGGCGGUGUGACCAGGGAGGGGGUUAACUCCAUUGCUCUUCAACUAAAAGUGCUACUGAUCAAAAACAGCAUGUGCAGGAAUGAACUCCUCGGGGGAGGGACUGUUCUACACACACUACGGCCUUUUAAACACUAAUACAAUGUGUAACUGCCUCAGGAGAAACCUGUCUCAGCUUUGUCUUGGACACACAGUGCUGUACGUUUUUAAUUUUUUUUUUUUUUUUUUAUGUAUACAUACAAACUUUAUUGUUCACACUUGUUUUGCACUGUACCCUCCAACAGACCAAUUCAUUAAAACUGCAGUUCUAUGUACUAAGCCAAAUUGUUCUAUUUGGUCAAAUUAGUGCAUUUUUUUGGAGGGAAGACUUUAUUUAAAGCACUAGUGGCCUUUUUUUCUUUCUUUCUUUCUUUUUUAUUACCAGGACAUACAGUGUCAUUGUAGUCUCUGCGGAUCUUGACAGGUUACAUCAUUCCAUUUGCCCCACUCAGCAAACCAUUCUCAGGAGUGGCAUUAUGACCUCUCGCGCCGUAACAGGGGGGGUUGCAGUGCACCUGUUACCUAUACACCAAGUGGAGGAAGCCAUUUUGUCGCCUGAAGUGGGAAUUUUUAGGCAACUGAGCCGGCGACACCACAACGCUGGGAGAAGUGCGGUUGUUUUUUUGGCAUUGUAGGCCACGUUUUCAAAAAUGGCUCCGUUCACCAAUGUGCUUGCUUUUUACCAGGCAAAGCAUUCGCUGCCCUCGAGUUUCAUUUUUGGACGAUGUCUAUUGAAAAGAGAAAAGAAAAAAAUUGGAUUCCCAAUAAGUGCACUACGUGGUUAUUUGCUCACAAACACUACCUAAGGAAACAAAAAAACACUACUGUUUAUCAAAAGACUAGUAUUAAGCAUGCAGUGUGUUCAAAUGUGCCUUUUUUCCUUUAUUUUAGCAGGUAAAAGCCAGAUUGUGCUCAUAAGUUGCCUUUUUCUGAGAUCAAAGCUAUCUGCCACGAAUGUACAAUUGAAGAACCGCUGUCUAUCCGGUGUGUGUUGGGAACCAAUAGCAGAGGAUAUAAUCUGCAUACAUUUCUUCAGUCGGUCAGUCAUGUUUUCUCUUCUGAAGAACACAAGCAGCCAACAAACUUCAGGCUGUCUCCUUUGUAAUAUGUCCUUGUACAGAACAAAUAAAAUUUGGCAAAAUUGUU